UUAAAGUGGUCCGACCUCGGUAUUCACCCCACACCACCUCUUGGUCCUCUCUCAUGGCUCCUUCAAAAGACAUCUAUCUGGUUGUUGGUGGAAGUGGUUUUUUGGGCCGACACAUUGUCCAGCAACUUCUGGAUCGUGGGGAUACCGUCUCCGUUCUCGACAUCGUACAGCGUUAUCAUGACGUCCCUUUCUAUUCUGCGGACAUCAGUGAACAAGACCAAGUUGCGGCGGCACUCAGAAAAAGCGGUACAACGUGUAUUAUACAUACCGCUUCGCCUCCAGCUGGUCUGAAUGAUGCUGCGUUAUACUGGAAGGUCAAUGUUGACGGAACGAAAGCAGUCAUUGCAGCUGCCCAAGAAUGUGAUGUAAGAAAGCUGGUGUUUACUAGUUCUGCCGGGGUUGUGUUCUCCGGAAAGGAUUUAGUGAACAUAGACGAACGUUUUCCUCCUCCUGAACAAGCAAUGGAUGCCUAUAACGAGUCGAAAGCCAAGGCAGAAGAAGCUGUCCUCGCUGCUAACGGAAAGGAAGGACUGUUGACGGUUGCUCUGAGACCAGCAGGUAUCUUCGGACCUGGUGACCGUCAGGUAAUGGCUGGACUUUACCGAGUGUUCGAAGAUAGGAAAACCCACUUCCAAAUUGGAGAUAAUACCAAUCUCUUCGAUUGGACUUACGUUGGGAACGUAGCGCAUGCCCACCUGCUUGCUGCAGACAAACUCGAAAUACCACCUCCAGCUCCACCUCUAGGCCCGCUGGAGAAAAUUCCAUCUGAACCUCCAGCAAUAUCAGAAGCCGAGCUGGAAAUUCUUGCUACGUCUCUCCCUCAAAUCAAUCUCACAGUCGGAAACCGUCGUACGCCCACUUCCAAAGCACGUCCUCUCGGACCGUAUGUAACACUCCCGCCCAACGCCGAAAAACUUGUUCAAGCCUUCCAGUUACCGGAGGACACUUCCAGUCGUCCAGUCACACGGACUCGAUUCGACCCUCUGUCUGAACAGUCCAUCGCCAGAGCCAAACUCCAUAACCCGGAAAUCAGCCCUCUUCAAGUUGCCGGACAAGUGUUCUUCAUCACCAACGGCGAACCAUGUUUUUUCUGGGACAUGCCUCGGUGUAUAUGGCGUAAAUUGGAUGCUAUGUUUCCUGGACACCUGGCUGCACGCCGUCAGAUUGUGUUACCGCGUAGCAUUGGAAUGGCGGCUGCAUGGGCAUCGGAAUGGAGUGGUUGGGUGGUUGGGAAGGAACCGGCUCUGACCAGGUUCAAAGUUUCUUUUAGCUGUGUUAACAGAUGGCACAACAUUGAGAAGGCGCGUAGAGUUUUAGGAUACGAGCCUCGAACAGGACUUCAGGAAGGAAUUGAUAAGAUGUUCGAGGUAAGGUUCUUCUUCUGUCAUAGGUUAGUACAAACAUUAACUACAUCUUUUCAACAGUGGUGGCGAUCAGAGUACCUAGGUGGUACCCAUAAAACAGCGCAUUAGACUUUUAUCGUUAAUGUUAUUAGAGGUUCUAAUAUCUAUUCCAUUGUGGAGCCACAGGACGCUCCGGCAUUCUCCGGGAACCUCCCAAAAAGUGUCACAUCCCUGCAUGGUCAAGCUCAAGGCCGACUAUGUCCUUGAGGCACAUUGAUAACCAAG